AUGCCCAUCGCAGGGCAAAAGGUCAAGCCCGAUGCCACUCCCGGCUAUCUCUACCUCUACGAAGAAGAUGAGCUCGUGCACUUCUGCUGGCGCCCUCGUUCCGCCCCACCUACAUCUCCCGAGCUCGACCUGAUCAUGUUCCCUGGCGAUGCUACCUUUACUCCUUACACCGGCAACAUCUCAUCAGCCGACACGAAAUCGCCCACCAACGGUCGUAUCUACAUGCUCAAGUUCUCGUCAUCUUCGCAACGCCACUUCUUCUGGCUCCAAUCCAAAUCACAACACCCUAGUGGCGACGCAAGUUGGUUCAGCUUAAGAGACAAGCGCUAUGGUGAAAUCAUCAACAAUAUCCUGGCUGGCGAAGAAGUCGAUGUCGGUUUCGAGCUUCAGCGUUUGAGAGGUGGUGACGACGACGACGAUGAAGGCGGCGAUGACGUUGAUAUGGAGGACGCACAGCCCGAACACCACAGACAGGGUAGCGGCGGUGCUGGUGCAGAUGCUACUGGCGCCGAUGCCCGAGAGGAAGGCGAGGCCAGCCGUGAGGGUGGAGCUGAUGGCGGCAGAGCGCACGGGUAUAUCUGCAUUGCGAGGAUAGCAUUANCUCCUCCUGGCGACGCCAACGAUGCCGUUCAAAACUUCCUCAGAUCCCUUCAAGGCUCCUCGCUCAGUUCCCAACAACAGCAGCAACAGCAGCAACAGUCUUCCUACGACCGACCCUUUACCACACUCUCCGAGCUUCUGUCAACUAACAACACUAUUCCCUGGCUGUCAUCGACUUCACCCGAGCAGAUUGACGCACUUUGCUUGCAUCUGCCUCCUUCGCUUUUCCUACUGGCCCAGGAGUCUGCUGCCACCACUUCAUCCGCCGAGCCCAGUGAGGAGACUGCACGCGCCGCAAUCGAAGCCAUGGCAACUGAGCAGAAGCGUGAAUUGUUACAACGUGUAUUGCGCUCACCUCAAUUGAACCAGAGUCUGGGUAGUUUGACCUUCGCACUGAGAGACGGUGGCCUUCCUAUGGUGUCGGAGGCUCUCGGUGUCAAGGUCCAGAACGGCGGUAUGGUCAAGGGUGGCAGUGUACCUCUUGGUGGUGGAGAGGCUGUAGAAGCCUUUGUCGAGGGCGUCAAGAAGGGUGUUCAGGACAAGAAGUCAAACUGA